CAAGCAUGCGACCUCGCCGGUGGAUCGAGAGGCGAAGAAGGUUGAUGGUCUGGCCAAGAAGGCCUACUCUGCUGUGGCCCUCGCGGUUAAGGCCAUCAACUACAACGCCUGCAUGGGGGCCUACAUCCAGACCCUCAUUGAGGGGAUCUCGCCGCUCGUCCCUGAUGUCCCGGACAAGGUCCAGAGGCGUCUCGUCGAGAUCCGGGAUGAGGCCCACUCCAUCGGCAGCUGGCUCAUCACUGCCUCCAGAAACAUGGCAGACUGUGCUGGACGGGCCAUGUCGGCGUUGAUGGCUCUCCGCCGGCAUGCGUGGCUUCGGGGUUUCGACCUCAACUCCAGCGUGAGGGCGGCUAUCGAGGACAUGCUACUGGGUGGGUCUGGCCUCUUCCACGCCGAGACCGACGAACGCCUGAACAGAAAGUUCAGGAUGAAGGCGGCGGCGAAGAAGCACGGGAUGUCGUCCUCCUCCAUCUCACCCUUCAGGAAGAGGCAGCUUCCGUGGCAGCCCCAAGGGCCUGUGGUUCGCGAUGGUCGACCUGAAGGACGCUUACUUCCACACCGGAAUUCGGGAGUCCCACAGGAGAUUCCUCGCCUUCGCCGUCGGCUCCACUGCGUACCGCUACAACGUCCUCCCCUUUGGCCUUGCCACGGCCCCGAGGGUCUUCACCAAGUGCAUGGCGCCAGUGGUGGCAUACCUUCAUCAGAAGGGCUACAGAGUCUUCCCGUACCUGGACGACUGGUUGUUUGCCGCCGACUCACAGCAGGAGCUCCGAGAGGCAGUCUCAUUCGCCUUGCACCUUUUGGACUCCCUCGGACUGGUCGUCAACGAAGAGAAGUCUCACUUCACUCCGACCAGGCAGGCCAAGUUCAUCGGAGCCAUGCUCGACUCCGAAAGAUGCUCCGCCUUUCUCCCUCCAGACCAUUUCCAGACGUUGGUGGCAUCGCUGAGGCCUUGCAUCUCCCACAGAAGGGUGAGAGCCAGGGGCGUCCAAGUAGCUCUGGGCCACAUGGCGUCAACGACGUUCGUGACACCGUGGGCAAGGCUUUGCCUCCGACCACUGCAGUCCUGGUUCCUCUCAGUCUUCUCUCCGAUGGAGGACCCCCCGUCCAAGUGGCUCACGGUACCGAGACCGGUGGCCGCUUCCCUGAGAUGGUGGCUGGACUGCCGCAACGUCUGCGUCGGGAUGCCCUUCCAUCAACCUCAGCCUCAAUUGACUGA